GUAGGCGUCUCAGAGAGGAAGAAGAAGCAACUCUUACCAAAUAGCAAUUGGAUUCGAUCAGGGAGAGAGGGAGAUGGCGACGACGCAGGCGGCCGCGCGCGCCGACGUGGACGACGGCGACGGGAAUGCGGCGGCCAACCGAAGGAACGGCGCGCACGCCGUCCUGAUGGCGGCGUCCGCCCUCGUCGGCCUCCUCCCGUCAGCCAACGGCGAGGUGCGCGCCCUCGUCCUCCUGCUGCUCCUGCUGCUUGGCUGCACCGUAGUUGUCCUGUCCAUGGGUGGCCGCCGCCACGUGGCGUACGCGGCGGCACCGCGCGCCGACCGCUCCACGGCGCGGCUGCGGUGGACGGGGUUCCACGCGCUGCUGCUGCUGGGCGGCUGCCCGCUGCUGCUCGGCCCCACCUACUGGCCGGCGGCGGUGCCGCGGCCGCAGCGGCAGCUCGCGCAGGUGCUCGUCGCCUACGCGCUGCUCGUGCUCGGCGCCGCCCUGGUGCUGCUCUCCGCCGCCUACGACGGCGUCCCGCGCUCCGUGCGCCCCGCGGCGGCCGCGGCGGCGCGGGGGCUCGACGGGCUACUCUUCGGCGGGCGCUUCGCCCCGCCCUCCGACGCCGACGACGACUGAGCCGCGUGCGCGCCGAGCGUUCACCACCAUCCUCAAUUCCGGACAUUGAUUUCUUGUUAGCGAUCGAUUCCUUAUCAGGAAUUGCAGGUAAGAUGAUUAACAUCCGCUUCUGGAUCGUCGCAGUAAUGAGAAGGGGAUUCUCUGUGACAUAAUUGCGACUCAUUAACUGGGGAUAAAUUGGGGAUUUCUUUAGCUUCUUGAUCAUAUCAUUGUAAUUAGCAUACAUAGCACUUUUAGCAGAUAUCAGUGUGGAAAGUUAGCAACCAAGCUAGUCUCAUAGAAUAAUUAGAUGGAAAGGAUCAAAUUGUUGGUGCUUUGCUUAUAGUUGAUUGAUUGAAAAAUGUGCUGGGAGUCUUAGUAUGUUCAGAAUUCAGCUUGGGAAGUUCAGUUCACAGUAAUAACUUUGAAUGGUUUGUUGCUAGAUACUUUCGGUUUGAACCUUCUUGGUUUCUGGUUGAGGGGUAUAAGGAGUUGGUUGCGCUCUUGAGAUGAUAGAUGUAUUCUGAAUUUUUUGAUACAAAAGAUGCCUUUUUUACUGGGCCAAGGAAUUCCUUCUCAGACCUUUUACUAUGGAGGAAUUGGGUAGUUUUGUGAAAAAUGCAGAACUUUAUACAACACCUGGAUCUGAUAGCUAUAAAGGGUUUCAACUUUUGCUCUGAUAUUCCAGUUGUUGUAUAGAUGUGAUUCGGACCUUAAAGGGGUCAAUUAUUGUGUUAUCUUGUUAAUACCAACAAUUAGAGAUGUGAAUAACUACAGCAUUUUACGCCCAUCUGUGUCCUCAACGAGUUUUUCAAUUUAUUGGGGAAGUCUUGACAAAUUGAUUGACCUAGGUUGAUUCAGCCAUUUCUCAAUCUGAAGCAGCAUUUAUCCCUGGGAGGUACAUUCUAGAGGGUUGUGUUGUGUUGCAUGGGUGUUACACAAACUGAAACAUACUAUUUCUCUGUCCUCAAAUUGGGUUUUGAGAAAAAAAAAAACUACAUGGGAGUUUCUUUAUGAGGUGAUUCUGAAAAAGGGAUAUCGUUCAAGGCCGAUUAACAGACUAUUGAAGGGGGCAGGGUGUGUGUGAAACAUAAAUGCAGAAAGGAGUGUUUUCUUUGAAACCUACUCGAUCUCUGUUCCAUAUUGCAAGUCUUUCUGGUCUUACUUAGAUUUAUCCAUUAAUCAAUAGAUAUGGUUUGUAUAUGUGUCUAGAUUUAUUAGUAUCCAUAUGAAUACAGAAAAGAUUAGAAAGCCUUACAUUGUAAAACAGAGGAAGUAUAAAUGUUUGGG